UCCAGAGAGAUUUCGGCCACUGCCAGAGGACAAAGAACCUGAGUAUGGGCAAAGGCACCCCACUCCGAGGACUUUCUUCCCCCUUCAAAUGUGUCUCCUCAUUUGCGAGAGGACUCUUGGUGCUGCUGCUGUUUCCAAUGGGACCUACAGCCCAGAACAGUAAAGCCUGUGCUCUGCAGUGCCCUCCGAAAUCCUCAUGUGUCAAUGGCAACGCCUGCCGCUGUGAUCCAGGAUUCAUUUCUUCUUCUGGGGAGAUCUUCACGGACCCCUUGGAGAGCUGUGAUGACAUCAAUGAGUGUGGACCACCCUCACCAGUGUACUGUGGAAGUUCAGCAGACUGCCAGAACACAGAAGGGGGGUACCACUGCACAUGCAGCCCAGGAUUUGAGCCUACUUCUGGGGCAACAAUAUUCCAGAAUGAGAGUGAGAACACAUGUCAAGGAGAUGGCAUCACCUCCUGGGAGGAAGGAAGCACUAAUUGGAAAGUAAGGGGGCACAGCGAGGAGAGGAAUCUCAUCAGACCGGGGCAGAGCCUGACUCCCUUCUUCGUGUCCCCAGAUGUGGACGAGUGCAACUCCGGGAAGCAUCAGUGUGACAACUCCACUGUCUGCGUCAACACUGUGGGUUCAUACACGUGCCACUGCCGCCAAGGCUGGGUGCCCAAACCUGGAUUCCGGGAUAAGCAAAUGACCACCAUCUGCGAAGAGAUCCUCUUCCCCACCUGGACUGCUCCUCCUGGAAUCAAGAGCCAGGCACCCUCUCACUUCUUUAAAAGAAUCCAGGAUCUGGGCAGAAACUUCAGUUCGGCCUCUGUCCUGAACACUGUGCGGGACCUCCUACAGGAGAUGGGUGAUCUGCUGGAGAACCCCAGGGACCUGAAAACCCUGCCCUUAUCAGAGCAGCGCUUUGUGGUCACUAACCUGCUCUUUGGCCUGGAAAAUGUCCUGAGAGGGGUGAGCAAGGCACUUCCUAAAGGGUCAUGGACCUUCAGUUCAUCUGCAGGCAUAGAAGUGUCACUGGAGGUGCAGGCGCCAAGCUACAGGAAUAUCACCUUGACUCAGAAUAGGACUGAGAUGAUGCUGACCUGGGAUACAGUGCAUGAUCCUGGUGACUCAGGUCUUGCUGUGGUGGGCCUCCUGUCCACUCCAGGGAUGCACAGAUUCCUGGCUGAAGCCCCUUUGGUCCUGGAUGCUGAGGAACCGGCAAAUCUACAUGAGACACACAGGGGUUUGCUGCAGGAAACCUCCCACAUACUGCUGUCAGAUGUCAUAUCUGCCUUUAUCACCAACAAGGAUGCUGAGAACCUCAAAUCCCCAGUCACCUUUGUCUUCCAACAUUCAGUGACCCCUGGGCCAAGACAGAAGGUGCACUGUGUUUACUGGGAGCGUGGCCAGAAUGGAAGUGGUCACUGGGACACCAGAGGCUGCUGGGUGACCAGCACCAGAGACAACAACACCACCUGCCAGUGCACCCACCUCAGCAUCUUUGCCGUCCUCAUGGCCCACUACAGUGUUCAGGAGGAGGAUCCCGCACUGACUGUGAUCACCUACGUGGGACUCAGCCUCUCUCUGCUGUGCCUCCUCCUGGCGGCCCUCACCUUCCUUCUGUGCAAAGCCAUCCAGAACACCAGCACCUCGCUCCACCUGCAGCUCUCGCUCUGCCUCUUCCUGGCCCACCUGCUCUUCCUCACAGCCAUUGACAGAACUGAGAACAAGGUGCUGUGCGCCAUCAUCGCGGGUGCCUUACACUAUCUCUACCUGGCCUCCUUCACCUGGAUGCUGCUGGUGGGCCUGCACCUCUUCCUCUCUGCACGCAACCUGAUGGUGGUCAACUACUCCAGUGUCAACAGGUUCAUGAAGAAGGCCAUGUUCCCUGUGGGCUAUGGAGUCCCAGCUGUGAUUGUGGCCAUUUCUGCAGCAUCCAGGCCUCGUCUUUAUGGGACACCCACCAGCUGCUGGCUCCACUCAGAAAAGGGAUUUAAAUGGGGUUUCCUUGGACCAGUCUGUGCCAUCUUCUCUGUCAAUUUAGCUUUCUUUCUGAUGACCCUUUGGAUUUUGAAAAGCAGACUCUGUUCCCUCAACAGUGAGGUGUCCACCCUCCAGAACACGAGGAUGCUGACAUUCAAAGCCACAGCUCAGCUCUUCAUCUUGGGAUGCACAUGGAGUCUGGGAAUCCUGCAGGUGGGACCAGCUGCCCACGUCAUGUCCUAUCUCUUCACCAUCAUCAACAGCCUGCAGGGUGUCUUCAUCUUCUUGGUGCACUGCCUCCUCAGCAAGCAGGUCCGUGAGCAAUACAGGAACUGGUUGAGGAUCAAGAAAACCAAAGCCGAAUCUGAGAACUACACGCUCUCCAGCAGGACCAUGUCUGAUUGCAAACACAGUGAGGAGACUUAAAUUAACGGCUAAAUCAGAUGAUCUUGUAUCCUGGUCGGCAAGGAAAAUUCUGAACCGUCAUCUUUGGGAAAACUUUUAAAAUAUGUUCUCAUGUUUGCUACAAGAACUCUUCACAGAACCAUUAUGUAAGGAAGUAUGAUGGGAAUUCUUGAUAUUUAGAUUGCUGGGAGAAUUUUGCUUUUCUACUCCAUAUGGGAUGCUCACCUCACUCUCAGCAUAGUCAAAGGACGCUGAUGCACUUCCUCAGUUGCCUUAGAUUAAAUCACCUGCUUCAACCUUUUUCUACAAAGUUCCUCAAGUUUGUAGGUAUAUGAAGAUAUUUGAAGGUAUAUGAUAAGGAAAACGAGCUUCAGAAAACUGUCUUAAAAUACCAUAAGACAGGAAAGUGAGGUUCAAAUACCUACAUGAAGGGUAAACAAUUGCUAUGAUGUCCCAACCUUUUCCUGGAUUUUGUCCUAAAAACACUUGAAUUACAAGCAACGGAACAGUUGGUUUCAAUACAUACAUGCUUCAACUUCUUCACCCUCCAUCUAAAGAUUAAUAACUUAGGCAUUAGAAAAAUAUAUUUUACUACUCACCAUAUGUGUGAGUGUUUGUAAGCCACUCAGUAGUGUCCGACUCUUUGUAACCCCAUAGUCCAUAGCCCACCAGGCUAUGGAAUUAUGGAAUUAGAACAUAUUGAUGUUCUAAUGUCAGUAUCAUUGUAAAAGGUGCAUAAGGUCAUCUAGAUAAGUGACAAAAGUGACAUGGCCAUCAAAUUCACCGUCAACUUUAGUAGUGAGAGGGUAACAGGCAAGAAGGCCAGGGCUCUCCAAACGGAGGGAAUAGACUGCAAGUGUCAGACAUUUUUUAUCUCUUUCUUAAGUGGCAGGAGGAAACAAACAAGGGCUAGAUUCUUUUCCCCUUCUCUAUACAAAUUUAAAAAGAGUUUUUUCUUAAAAUUCUGUGUUACCAUGAUGACACCUGUCUCCACCUGAGCUUAACUUUUCUCAAACCUUGAGCUAACCAAAGCGUUUCUUACGGAAAUGUUUGUCUUAAGCUAUGUUAAUGAACUAUGUAUUUACCCUAGACUCCCUCUUUCUUCAAGUCGGUUCGCUUAAGACUCAGAACAAAUAAGGGCUCAACAAACCUGUAUGUUUUACUCAUAGAUUGUUCUCCUAAUCUAUAUUAAUGAAUCCAUAUAUUUACUUGAAAACCUUUCUUCCCGAUUCAUGUUAAUCAUUUUAUGGCCCGGGAUGACUCAUCUGGUGCUAAUGUUAUCUCAAAAUGCAUGUUGUGGGUGAGGGGCUUGGUGCCACUCUGAGUUUUGAGACAUCUCCUUUCUCUAUAAUUAACAGAUUGCUGAUAGGUAUAGAGCAUGCAGCUACAGGCCAGCAGGGGGCACUCUUUCUGCCCCCUUCUUAUGUCUAUGUCAGAAGCUUUCUCUAUCUCUUUUAUACUUUAAUAAAACUUUAUUACCCAAAAGCCCUGAGAGAUCAAGCCUCGUCACUGGUCUUGGAUUGAAUUCCUCUCCUCCGGAGGCCAAGAAUCCUGGUGUCUUUCACGGCUCAGCAACAGCCUUUCAGUAGGACUCCGAUUUGGAUAUAUGCUAUAAAAAUAUUUUGGAAAUAAUUGGGAUAAAUUGUAUUUGCAUGAGACAUUUAAAGUUAUUAUGAAAUUAUUUUUUGUAUAUAAUAGUAUUAUAAUUAUGUAGAGCAUAUUCUAUACAUUCUUCAAUAUUUGAUGGAGAUAUAGUAAAGAAAAAGUGUUACAGUAUGUUCCCUGAAAAUCAUGUAUUAGCAGGAAAAUAUAUGUAUGUGUAAAUACAUUGUGAAAGAUUUUUCAUAUGGCAUUAUGUGAAUAACUGUGGUCUCAAGGUAGAGUAUAUAUAAGACUUUAGUGUGUCAUUACACAUAAUUCUCUGUUUAGACUUAUAAAUAAAAUCUGUCAUAAAAGUAAA